AUGCUCAUCACGCUAGGCCGACCGACCAGGAUCCGAUCCCCAGUGCGUCUCCAGCAGACAGUGAGCUCAGUCAGGAACUCAGGAGCAUCCAGGCUUUACUCGGUGCCCCAGCCCGACCGAUGCCCUACCCCACGUUCACGGCACCCCCCCGCCCCGCGCCGUGGCCGCGUGCGGGGCCGGGCGGCGCCCUACUGCGUGGCGGAGCUCGCCGCAGGCCCCGGAGCGCUGUCCACUCUGCCCCCUCAGCCUGGCCUGGAUGGGCCUCCGGGAGCUGGCAAGCAAGGCAUCCCGCAGCCGUUGUCCGGGCCGUGCCGCCGAGGAUGGUUCCGGAACGCCGCCUCGUCCCGCCGCCUACAACAGCGACGCGGGUCCCAGCCAGAAACCCGCACCGGGGACGACGACCCGCACCGGCUCCUGCAGCAGCUGGUGCUCUCAGGAAACCUCAUCAAGGAGGCGGUGCGCAGGCUUCAUUCGCGAGGGCUACAGUUACACGCAAAGCUUCCCCAGCGCCCGCCCCCGGGGCCUCUGUCGGCCCCCGCGCACGAGCCCCCGUCGCCCCGAAGCCCUCGUCCAGCCUGCAGUGACCCUGGCGUGUCCGGGCGGAGGGCGCAGCUCCGAACUGGAGAUGGCAUGCUUGUCCCCGGCAGCUAACAGCCAGGGUGGCCCCGGCGCCAGCCUCUGAUCAGGGGCGGGGGGAGGGCGGGAGAGGGUGCCAGAAGCUUCUCUCGAGAGCUGCAACCCAGUUCGGGCCGUGGACAACGUGUGCUUUUUGGAAGAAGCAAAUAAUAAUAAUAAUAUAAUAAUAAGCUUAACGAAGACGGAGAACCUAAACGCGAAUAUUUUCAUGUACAACCAAGGUUGAGGGCCAGCAUCUGUUUGAAACCCGAGGACCCUGGGAACCUUGCCUGAGGCAGCUCUUAGGGCGCAGCACCCCAACCUCUCAGUCAGUAAGACUCCUUAUUUGGAGUGACACAACCUGGCGGCGCGGCGCGCGGCUCUGCGCAGACUCUCCCGCUGCCAGCCCGGCGACCACGUGGCCACGUCGGGCUUCUCCGGCCGCCUCACCCCGGGACGACGGAGGGUCGUCGCCGUUUAUUUGGUUGACCUUUACAGGACUGGUCCCUGAUCUGAGUAGACGAUAAUGUAGGGAGCACCCCUAAAAUGCCAGGCUUGGAUAUCUACCCCACUUAGAAAACUUAUCUCGUGUCAAUUGGGGUGGAGGGGAGAACUGCUUUUUAAUACAGAACGUGGGGUACAACGAAAGGAUCCCCUUGGGGUUCAACAGGAGGAACUUUUUUCUCUGUUCCAUCUUUGCAACUGUUGCCAUUAUCAAAGUGCUGGGGAAGACUGUGCCA